AUGGUGCCGACACAUGUAUCCCGUUUUCUGCCUUUGGGUCACACUGGAAAACGGCGGCUGAGCUGCAUGGCGAAUAUUUGCAGCUUCUGCGAGGGCAGCUUGGGUGAUAAUGCAGCACAAACCGUGGAUAGAAGUCACCUGAAAUCAGGUGACGAUCGACCGGUGACGCCGCUACAGCGAUUUGUCGAUGCGAAGGCUAGAAUUAACAGUAUUUAUGUCGAAAUCGAAAAUUACAUUCGGGAAACGACGAAAUCUCUCGAAGAAUUAAGCGAACCAAAUGAACUUUUCGACCCUUCGCUGCUGACUUCAAUUCACGAGUUUUGUGAUUCUAUCCACCAGAUUCGCGAUGUUCUCAUGCGAGAUCAUAUGAAAGUUGUAUUUUUUGGAAGGACCAGUAACGGCAAGAGUAGUGUCAUCAAUGCUAUGCUGCAUGCAAAAGUACUGCCUUCGGGUAUUGGCCACACGACGCGUUGUUUCCUGCAGGUAGAAGGCUCAACUGAUGACGAGAGGUAUAUGCUGACCGAAGGCUCAAAUGAACCGAAAAAUUUAUCGUCCAUUGACCAUUUGGCACAUGCUCUUUGCAGCCAAGACCUCGGUGAGGAUGUUAUGAUUCGCGUAUUUUGGCCGAGCAAUACGUCGAGACUUCUACAAAAUGAAGUUAUUUUAGUUGACAGUCCUGGUGUCGACGUUUCUCCACAGUUCGACAGCUGGAUCGACAAACACUGUUUGGAUGCGGACGUCUUUGUGUUGGUUUCAAACGCUGAAUCAACUUUAACUCAAGCCGAGAAGAACUUUUUUCUGCGAGUAAACGCAAAGUUAUCAAAGCCGAACGUAUUCAUUUUGAACAACAGGUGGGAUGCCAGUGCGUCAGAACCAGACUAUAUUGAACAGGUUCGCCAACAACAUAUGACUCGUUUUCUGAAAUUUUUGGUUGAUGAGCUUCAAGUUUGUUCGGAAGAAGAGGCUUUCAAUAGAGUAUUCUUUGUAUCUGCCAAGGAAGCGCUAAUGCACAGGUUGGCGGAGCAGGGAAUUAUGACUAUUGAGGGCUGUCAAACCCGCUUGAAGGAGUUCGAGGCAUUUGAACAUCAGUUCGAGCUCUGCAUAUCUGAUUCGGCAAUAAGGACGAAAUUCGAGUUCCACAUCCAAAAGGGUCGAGAUGUGUCAAGAAGUAUAUGCCGGAUCUUUUCUGAUCUGUACAGAAAAGCUUCGGAACGCAGCGAACGUUUGUCAGGGAUUUGCAAAAAUAAAAUUUCUGAACUGAAGACUUCGCAGACCAAAGUACUCAGUUAUAUGGAGAACGUUUCCAGAGCGUGCAACAGUCUGACGGUCGAAGUGCAACGCAAAGUGAUGACAGAAAUUGUUGACGAGGUGCAUCGUCUUGAGGCUUUGACGGACAACUACCAGCAACCUUUUUACGAUGAUCCUGUAUACCUUGGUUCAUAUAAAAGGGAUCUGAUAAAUUAUCUUGACUCUGCAAUCAAUAAUGACCUGAUGGUGCGGUGUUCUGGAGGACUGCUUGAAGGGAUUUUAUUGAUGGAACGGGACAUAGUGCGCGGCGCGAUGGCCAUGUUUCCUCCAGAAGUAUCGAAUAAAGCGAUAUCGGUUUUGCAGUAUAGGCAGCCUUUCAGAUUUUCAUUUUCGCUUGGCUGCGCCUCGUUGUUGCAAGAUUUUCAGGAAGAUUUGGAAUUCAGGUUUUCUUUGGGAAUGACACAGCUCAUACGGUGGUUCCUGCGUAUUCGCAAAAAUGGCAGUCGAAGUGAAAAGCUCUUUGGUGGAUAUAAUGUGAUACCUGAAGGCAUCUCUCCGGAUACACCUAGCGAUGGUACCGAAACUACCGAUGUCUGCGCCACUGAAAAUGUGUUGAUGAAUUCCAUUGUGUACACAAGUGCUUCAUAUGUCGCAAACGGGAGUGUCGGCGUCUUGUUAAUCGGAGGUUUGAUAUACAGAGCAGUCGGCUGGCGGCUGAUCUUUUCCGGAGCUGCUCUAUACUUCCUAUUUUACGCGUACGAACGAAUGAGCUGGAACUCGCGUGCCAAAGAGAACUGUCUCAAAAAGCAGUUGAGGGAACAUCUUGCAAAGAAGCUGAAGCAGAUAUCGCCAACAUUGUCUACCAACUGCAAAACGCAAGUUCAGAGGGAAAGGGCUUCUCUCAUCUGUUCGCAGUUGGACGACUUUUCAGACACGUAUUUGAAAUCUGGUGCCAUCUAG